GCCAUGGAGCUCAUCGCUGGCAACAUUCAGGUGCUGCUGCAGGCGGCGGAGUUCUUGGAACGCAGGGAGAGAGAAGCAGAACAUGGCUACGCCUCUCUUGCGCCUUACCGUGGAGAAGGCACAAUAGGGUCCCAAAAGAGGCUGAAGCCUCGAAAGGCCUUGAAAAAUGUCAGGUCUAUGCACAACGAGCUGGAGAAGCACAGGAGGGCCCAGUUGCGGCAGUGUUUGGAGCAGCUGAAGCAGCAAGUCCCCCUGAACUCAGUGCAUUCUCGGUCGACAACCCUCAGUCUCUUGCACCAAGCCAGAUUGCACAUUAAGAAGCUGGAAGAGCAAGAGCAGAAGGCCCAGCAGCUGAAGGAGAGACUACAGUGUGAGCAGCAGAUCUUGCACCAGAGGCUGCAGGUGUUGAUCGGUCAUUCCAGUGCCGAAAGGCUGCGCGUCGACAGCCUGGGCUGCUCUCAGCUCUCCUCUGAACGCUCUGACUCGGACCAAGAAGAUGCAGAAGUGGACGUUGAGGGCCUGGAAUUCGGUAGCAUUGAAGAUGCUGUGAUGGCUUCUUUCAGCACUGGGCGAGAGCACAGCUACUCUAAUGCCAGCAACUUCUGGUUAUGACGUACAGAACUCCAC